AUGGCAAAGAAAAACACCAACAAGGCCUCUCCCACCCCCAGGGCAAAGAAGAAACCCCCGUCUCCGGGGAUUCAGCCCACAAAUUCCCCACCGAAUCCGCCCGUCUCACCGCCUCCGGGUGGCACAACCCUCUCCCCAAACCCACGUUCCUCCCCCUCUUCCACUCUUCCACCCCCACCUCCUAAUGCUCCCUCUACGAGUCAGGCGACCACGAUCCCAGCCUACACAGAGCAACGGCCUGUCUCGAGACCACCACCGCUCUCGCAGAUAGAGUUCCCGCCUCUCCCGUCGGCGACAAAGUCAACACUAGUGGCCAUAAUCUCUGGCAAACUCACUACGGAGACACGUGCAGCUGCGAUGGCUCCACCUGUGACGAAAUUCCCAUGGGCGAAGCAUCUUCGCGCUUCCUCACGUAAUCUGCCUAGACUUGCCACCCCAUCUUAUUCAGAAGCUGGCAUACCCAGGAAUAUCUCGGCUGAACUGUAUUCCCUCAAGGGCAUUAGCUAUAUAGCAAGUGGCAUUGGCGAACCUUUACACACUGAACGGAUGAGAGUUGAUCCUUCUAGCGUUGGUGAAGCAUGUGUCAAGGUGGAAAUACAGCUUGGGUCGACCCUCCCAGAUUUGGUUGAGAUCGAGGAUGACAAAGGCGGAAUAAUUGGAAUCAAGGUCAAUUACGCAUGGAUUCCUCCCCGAUGCCUGACCUGUGAAUAG